AUGUUGCCUUCGGUCCCCGGCUCCCCUUACGCCUCAAGCGGCGGCGGGUCAGGCCGAAGCCGCCUCCGGCCCGGAGGGAGAAAGAACCAAGCCCUGGCGGUCUCGUCAGUCAGCUCGCCCGCGCUCUUCUCUCCGGCUUCUCGGAGGGCCGCCGGCGCCCUGUCCGCGCGAGGUACACCCACAAGAGUUCUCCACCAUCCCUCAGGAAGUGAAACUGUCAACUAUGAUGUGAAAGCCUUUGGGGCUUCUUUGCCAGUGAAAGUAAUAGAGGCCUUACGAAUGGCUGAUGCUGAAAACCUUGUGAGUAUACAGCUGGAUGAAAGUGGAUGGGCUUGGCUAGUCUACAGAGACAGAUUGAUUAUUUGGAAGAUGGGCCAAUCGCCAGUUGCUAAGCCAUCUGUGUGCAAGGAACUGCAGUUGCCACUCAGUGACUAUCUGCAGAGUUCAAGCUUAGUAGCAGUAUCUUGUCUUAAUCUCCCUGGUGAAACGACUUCUUUACAGUCUGUGUCAGUAAUGGUUGCCACCUGUGAAGGAUCAAUACGCUACUGGCCCACCCUUGUGCAUGAAAGUUCCUAUACUGAAACAUUUGCAGACUUCGGAGGCGCUCUCUGCAGUUUUCUAACCGCUAUAAAGGGAGUCAGCUUUAUUUUAUCGUCUUCAAGGAGCCAGUUUAUGCAUCUGACACUAGACAGUACUGGCAAGAUUCAUCAGCAUGGUUUACCACAAGGACAAGGCAUGUUUUCAGGCAUAGGCCGGAAGGUUUCUUCUCUGCUGGGGAUCUUGUCACCUAGUAAUGAUGCUGCACUUUCUAGUGUUCUUUGGGACAGAAAGAACUCAAGAUUUUAUGCGAUGACCAGCUCAAAUCUGCACAAAUGGGAAAUAGAUGAUUCUACAGAGCGUCACGUUCUCAGCUGGGAUAUGAAUAGAGUACUUAGAGAAAACAUCACGGAUGCUAUUUGGGGUUCUGAAAGCAACUAUGAAGAAAUUAAAAGAGGUGUGAACGUGCAGUAUUUGGAUUUGCAGCAAAGUUGUGAUGGGAUGGUGAUUUUGGCUGCAGCCUGGCAUCUUAGUGACCGGCCAUGUCUCACCUACUACACUUUGAUAACCGUAGAGGACAGUGGUGAUCACAUGUCUGACAGUGUAACUGUAGAGGUCACACAGUAUAAUCCACCUUUUCAGCCUGAAGAACUGAUAUGUAAACUAGUAGUUCCAGACUUUUCCAGCCCUGCUGCCUGUCUUUACACAGAAGAUGAAAUAUUUGCUUGUUCAACUGGAACAGGAAGAAUUUCUUUGCCACAAGAAAAAAUUACAUUCAGUGCUCAAGGAGAUACAAUUUUAGGAGCAGGUUCCUGUGCUGGGCUUCCCAUUUUUUUCACCAGAAAAAGUGGACUCGUAGCUAUAUAUUCAAGGGAAAACAUUUCCUUGCUUCCUGAAGACCUUGAAGAUUCUCUUGCGUCAUCUGUAGCAGAAUCAAAUUAUGAGGGUCCAGAAUUUGUCGUUACUUCUGGAAUGGAUUUUAUAUCACAAGAAGAUAAGACUAAACUGUUGAAAACAACUUUCUUACAGUAUUGCAGGAAUGAUCUGGACAAUGCACAAGCUAUCAUUGGUGAGCUUUUCCCCCCAGACACAGAUCCUAAUGCUGAACUGGACAGAGCUGUGGCCCAGAUCAGUGUGAACUUAGUGGAUGAUUACCCUUCAUCUGACCCACGAUGGGCUGAAUCCGUACCAGAAGCUGCUACUUUCACCCAUUCAUCCCUCAUUCUUCUUCGUCAGCUUGAAAACAAGACAAAAGCACAUUCUUUGUACAUUGACUUUCUUCAUCAGGUCGGCUUGUUUGCACGUCUGCGCUGUUUCCCAGUAAGAGGCCUGCCAAUGGCAACUCGGCUAUUGCUUUGUGAACAUGCAGAAAAGUUAUCUGCAGCCAUUGUUCUCAAGAACUAUCACUCCAGACUGGCAGAUGUAGUGAAUGCUGCAAUACAGAUUGCUUUGAACCGAAGACAAAGUGACAUACCACCUAGUCUAACUCCUGCAGAUGUGUUUUUUAGAGAGGUGUCGCAGAUAGAUACUAUUUUUGAAUGCUUACUAGAAGAAGAGGAGCAAUUCUUGAAGGAAGCACCUGCUGAUUCAGUUGAAUGUGCUGAAAUGGUUAUCAAUGUAAACAAUAUCAUAAAGGAUAUGCUGCAAACUGCUGUCCACGAACGCCAGUCUAAAGCCUCUUUAUAUAAAAUAGGAGAGCCCCAAGAAAGAGAACCAGAGUAUGUUCCAUGGACAGCAUCCGGUGCUGUGCGGUCCACAAUAAUACGUCAGCAUGAAAUUAUUCUGAAAGUGGUCUACCCUCAGGUCAACAGUAAUCUUCGUUGCACUGUGAUACAACAGCUGGUGGCACUGCUGGAUUGCUUUCUGGAUGGCUAUGUUUCCCAGAUUCAGUCUGUGGACUGCCCUGAGUAUCAGGAACGGUACAGCAGUCUGGAAACGGAAUAUAUACAGAAAAGGUCGGAACUGCUAUCACCACUACUUUCCCUAGGUCAACACCAGUUAGCUGCACAUCUGGCAGAAAGAUAUUGUGAUUUUGACAUUUUGAUUCAAAUAUGUGAGCUGACUGAUAACCAGACCAGACUACAGCGAUAUAUAACCCAGUUUGAUGAACAGAAUUUUUCAGAUUUCCUCUUCCGAUGGUACUUGGAGAAGGGAAAACGAGGGAAGCUGCUAUCACAGCCCAUUGCUCAGCAAGGCCAGCUGGCCAACUUCUUACAAGCUCACGAGCAUCUCAGCUGGCUACAUGACAUCAACAGCCAUGACCUGGAAAAGGCUCACCGAACGCUGCAAAAGUUAGCAAACACAGAAACUCGGUACUUUGCAAGGAAGAAAACUCUACUUGGCUUGAGUAAGCUAGCUGUGUUGGCUUCUGACAUAUCAGAUGUGAUACUGAAUGAAAAAAUUGAAGAAAUGGCCGAACGAGAGCACUUUCUGCUGCACCAGGAGACUCUACCUGAACAGUUGCUGGCUGAGAGAGAAUUAAACCUCAACGAAAUGCCUGUCUUAGGUGCCCCACAACUGAUAGAGCUGUACAUAUGCGAUGAGAACAGGAGGGCUAACGAAUACGACUUCAAGAAGGCCCUUGAUCUGCUUGAGUAUAUUGAUGAGGAUGAGCAAGUGGAUAUAAAUGAUUUGAAACUUAAAAUACUUUGCAAGGCUCUUCAGAGAGACAAUUGGUCUAGUUCAGAAGGCAAAGAUGAUCCAAUUGAAGCCUCUAAAGACAGUAUAUUUGUAAAAAUACUACAAAAGUUGCUGAAAGAAGGAGUUCAGCUCAGUGACUACCUACCAGAGGUGAAGGAUUUGCUGCAAGCCGAUGAACUUGGAAAAUUAAAAUCCAAUCCAUACUUUGAAUUUGUUUUGAAAGCAAAUUAUGAACUUUAUGUCUACAGGCAGGCGUGAGAGAAUUUUGAAUUUCAGAAAGAAUUAAACAAUCACUUUUUUUACACUGUGUUGAACUCUUGAAAUAAAGCAUUUAUUGUAAAUAACAAAAAAA